CCUCUGCUCCCGGCUGAGGCGCUCUGAGGGGCGGCCGGACGACCCGAGCGGCCCGCGCGGCGUGGGGCGGGAGGGCGGCGGCGGCGGGCGCGAGCCAUGGCGGAGCUGGAGCACCUGGGCGGGAAGCGCGCCGAGUCGGCGCGGGCGCGGCGGGCCGAGCAGCUGCGGCGCUGGCGGGGCUCGCCCACGGAGCAGGAGCCCGCCGAGCCCCGGGGCGCCGGGCGGCGGCCGGGGGCGCGGCGCGGGAGCCCGCGGGUGCGCUUCGAGGACGGGGCUGUGUUCCUGGCCGCGUGCUCGAGCGGGGACACGGACGAGGUGCGGAGGCUGCUGGCGCGGGGCGCGGACGUGGACACGGUCAACGUGGACGGCCUGACCGCCCUGCACCAGGCCUGUAUUGAUGAAAAUUUGGACAUGGUGAAGUUUCUGGUGGAGAACAAAGCCAAUGUAAACCAGCAGGACAACGAGGGCUGGACCCCCCUUCAUGCAGCAGCUUCCUGUGGCUAUCUCAACAUAGCAGAGUAUUUCAUUAACCAUGGAGCUGAUGUGGGUAUUGUAAAUAGCGAAGGUGAAGUCCCCUCUGACCUUGCGGAAGAGCCUGCCAUGAAGGAUCUUCUUCUGGAGCAAGUGAAGAAGCAAGGCGUUGAUCUAGAGCAGUCAAGAAAAGAAGAGGAACAACAGAUGUUGCAGGAUGCCCGCCAGUGGCUCAACAGUGGGAAGAUAGAGGAUGUGAGGCAGGCUCGCUCGGGGGCCACAGCGCUCCAUGUGGCUGCUGCCAAGGGCUACUCUGAGGUCCUCAGACUUUUGAUUCAGGCUGGCUGUGAACUCAAUGUUCAGGAUCACGAUGGCUGGACUCCCCUCCAUGCUGCUGCACACUGGGGAGUGAAGGAGGCCUGCUCCAUCCUGGCGGAAGCACUCUGCGACAUGGAUGUCAGGAACAGACUGGGCCAGACACCAUUUGAUGUGGCUGAUGAGGGUCUUGUGGAACACUUGGAGACGCUCCAGAAGAGGCAGAAUGUGCUUCGAAGUGAAAAGGAGACACGGAAUAAGCUCAUUGAGUCCGACCUGAACAGCAAGUUGCAAAGUGGACUCUUCAAGAACAAAGAGAAGAUGCUCUAUGAGGAAGACACACCCAAAUCCCAGGAAAGGGAGGAGGAAAACAAAGAAUCCAGCAGCUCCAGCUCAGAGGAAGAGGAAGGUGAAGAUGAAGCUUCGGAGUCAGAAACUGAGAAGGAGGCAGUAGCAGAUAAAAAGCCAGAAGCCAUUGUCAACCAUUCCACCUCUGAAAGCAAGAGAAGUACCAUGGAGCAGACACCAGCACCUGCUCAGAAUACCUUCUCCGCCUCUUCAGCCAGGAGAUUCUCCUCCAGCCUUUUUAACAAGCCAGAAGAGCCCAAAGAUGAGUCUCCUUCUUCAUGGAGACUGGGCCUCAGGAAGACUGGCAGCCACAACACGCUGAGUGAGGUGGCCACUUCCAGGGAGGCCCUGAGGGACCGAGGCUCCUCCGUCUUCCGCUCGUCGUCCAGCCCUCGGGUCUCCGCUCUGCUGGACAAGGAUAAGGAGCGAGAAAACAGAAGCUAUCUUAGCUCGCUCGCGCCCCGAAGGCUCAGCAACACCAGUGACGUUGAGGAGAAGGAGAACAGAGAAUCAGCUGUCAAUCUAGUGAGGAGUGGUUCCUAUGCCCGGCAGCUGUGGAGGGAUGAAGCAAAGGGAAAUGACACGCCCCAGACAAUUGCUCCUUCCACCUACGUAUCAACCUACUUGAAAAGUGCGUCAUUUGCUAGAAGUAGUGACCCCACAAGUCCCUACAUUUCAGCCAGUCGCAAUUCAUCUCCUGCCACCUCACCCGUUACCAUUGCUUCAUCUACCUCUCGGGGCAGCAGGUGGCAGCCUGCCUCUUCCUGCCCUGCGCCAGUCAGUGCAGACACUUCUGCCUCCGCACACCAUGGCAGGACUCCUUACAAAUCCCAGGCUGACUCAACAGCAGAGAAAACAGCAGACAGCAUCUCUUCUAGCACCCCGCUCUGCGUGAUCACCAACCGCCCUCCACCCAGCACUGCCAAUGGGGUCACAACUGCCACCCUGCUCUCCACUCCUGGAACAGACUCCUCUGCAGAAGCCAGGGACAGGAGGAGGUCAUAUCUGACUCCUGUGCGCGAUGAAGAGGCAGAGUCUUUACGGAAAGCGCGCUCCAGACAAGCUCGACAGACUCGAAGGUCUACUCAAGGUGUAACCCUAACAGACCUGCAGGAAGCAGAGAGGACUUUCAGCCGGUCGAGGGCAGAGCGGCAAGCUCAGGAGCAGCCAGGCCAGAAGCCCCUGGGCACUGAAGGGCUUGAGGGGAGCACCAAGAAGCAUGAGCCCUCAGCAGUCCCAGGGAAGGAAGCUGGGGAGGGCCGGCAGCCCUGGGGCGGGAGUCUGGAUGAAGAGCCUGUCUAUCAUCGCCUGAGGUGUCCAGCUCAGCCAGACAAACCCACAACACCAGUGUCUCCUUCUGCAUCAAGACCCUCUCUCUACACCAGUUCCCAUCUGCUACGGACAAGUAGGUCUUCAGUCCCUGAUUCUGAGAGUUCAGAGACGACCACAAACACUGCAGUUGCAAAGGAAAUGGACAAAAAUGAGAGUGAAGAAGCAGAUUUGGACGACCAGUCUUCUAAUAGGCUGUCCGUCCGUGAGAGGAGGCGGCCCAAGGAGCGACGAAGAGGCACGGGCAUCAAUUUCUGGACAAAGGAUGAAGAUGAAACUGAUGUCUCUGAAGAGGUCAGAGCAGCAUGGCAUGAAAGACUUUCUAGGUUGGAGUCAGGAGGUAGCAACCCUACGCCCAGUGAUUCUUACGGCGACCGGGCCUCAGCGAGAGCCCGCCGGGAGGCCCGGGAGGCCCGUCUGGCCAGCCUGACCAGCCGUGUGGAAGAGGACAGCAACAGGGACUACAAAAAACUCUACGAGAGUGCCCUGACCGAAAACCAGAAGCUGAAAACCAAACUUCAGGAGGCCCAGCUGGAGCUCGCAGACAUAAAGUCCAAGCUCGAGAAGAUGGCCCAGAAACAGGAGAAGACCUCUGACCGAUCGUCAAUGCUGGAGGUGGAGAAACGGGAGAGGCGAGCCUUGGAGCGGAAAAUGUCAGAGAUGGAGGAAGAGAUGAAGGUGUUAACAGAACUGAAAUCCGACAACCAGAGGCUGAAAGAUGAAAAUGGUGCCCUCAUCAGAGUCAUCAGCAAACUGUCCAAGUAGACUGGGCUCCGGCUUUCGGGGGAAAAGGACGGCAUUCACUGCCCAGCCCUCCUCCAGCCACUGCCUUCCAGCCGAGAGAACUGGCUGUUCGGUGGAAGGACACCUGUCCCUGACCCUCCUCCAGUCAGCUCCUCCACACUGUACAUUUUCUCUGCCCUCUCAAUGCCCCGUUCCUCCUACAUCCCCAGCCCCUGAGUUUAACGGCAGUUUUAACGGAAGCAUGAUUGUGACCAUUCGAGCCGUCUGGAGAAGGCCUUGGGGAGUGCGCCAGGUCAGCUAUGGACCCCAGCGUCUACUGCUCAGCUACUUGUCCACGUUGGAUUUGGACCAGUGCCCCACAGCCUUUUACACCGACCCAGACCCUCUGACGUAGGGAAGUCUAAUGCUGGCCACUCCAGGAUCCUGACGGGGAUGCCAAGAGAAAUGGCAGCAUGUUGGAAUAACCACCAGACAGGCUCUGGAGCUGUGUGUCCACUGGAUUCCAAGGUGACAGCGACUCUGCAUUGAGGGUUUCUGCUAGUCCCCACCUCUCAGGAAUUGACUUUUCCCUAACUGCCCCCUGGUGUUACUGUGGUUUUUCCUGUCAACAACCCAGUAACAUCCCUGCCUGGUGUUACCCUACUCCUCCCCAUGCCGAGGCCUCUCCCCAGGGCUUCAUUUAUUCCUUUCCUUUCCAUCCUUUUAUUUUCCUUCUGCCUCCCCUCCACCCACCUCACCCUGUGGUCUGAAAGCUAGAACAGAGCACGCGACCUCAGUUGUCUUGGAGGUUACAGAAAAUCGUUUCUCCUGAGGCACUCUGGAGACAAGGAGAAUUGCCUUGGUGGUGGCACCACCAGCCCCUCCCUGAAAAGCCAGACCAUGGCCUACAUCGCACCCCGUUCUCAUGGCCCACUUGUUUGCCCACACAGUGAUUUUCUAAGAAAGUCCGGGCUCUGAACACCCCAUCCUGCCUCACCUCCCUUUGGCCUCAUUUUCCUCUCUUCACUCUGGCUGCUGCUCCUAAUGAGAAGUGAAGUCAUUGCAAGGAGGCAUGAGGGGGUGGGCAGAUGGAUGGGAGAUGGACGAGGGAGUGGAAGCAGGUUGGAAAGACGUGAAGUAAGGAGAGUAUCUGAGGACACUUACAACCUUGUGACAAGGAAGAUGGCAGAUGACAGCCCAUUGUGCUGUGAAAAUGGUGGCGAAUUUGAUUAUUCCCGGUGGCUAGAUUUAGGGGAGAGACUUGUUUUCUUAGAAGCUAACAGGAGAAAUGACUUCUUAAUAGAGGUUUAAAGGGAUAAGAUACUCUCAACCCACUGAGGAGUCACGGCACCUUAGCGUGGCAAAGCCAGAGGCUGUUUGGUGCAGCUUUCAUCGUGUCACGGGGACCCCACUGCCCCAGCGUCCGCCCUGGUCAGGGAUCCUCUGGCAGCUGGGAGUUUAUUACUCGUGAGUCGAGCGGCUCUAACAACCAGAAGUUCUCCCGCUAUGAGUUGGGGUCUGACUGGAUUCUCAUCGUCCAGCGCCAGCCCCAGCAUGCAGCCUUCACACACGUCCACUUGGUGACUCCCCGGUACCCUGCUUCCAGCCGAUGUUUCCAGUCCUUUGAGAGAUUCCUCACUUGGCGCACUUUUCAUGCCUGUCACACCUUGGCCAUCCUCCUCUGCGCAAAAACAUCCUUUAAAAUAGCACGCCCAGACCUGGGCAGGUUGCCCCAGUGUCCGGCACAAAACUAAACUGCCAGUUCUUGACGAUGGCCUGUUAUUGGUAUGUAAAGUGUUUGCUUUUUAUAGGCGUUUUCUCCCUUGUUUGGUUUAUUUUGAGUGUGCAGGUCAUUUAAAUCUUCCUCCUUUUAGUGUUGCCAGUGAUCUUCAGGCUGGAGUGGUCCAUUCUCUUAACAUACAACACCUCUGUCCACUUUCUGUUUCUUUCCAGAAAAUGACAGUAUAGCUCUCUUGGCCGUCUGCCACAUCACAUGGUCUUUAAACCGGGAGCUAUAAUUCAGGAUCCCAAUUCCAGGAUAGGAAGUAUGUCUCCUCGGCGAAACCCCAUUUUUACAGUGUACAAAAUUCUCUCCUCCGUUUCCAACGAUUUUCCCGGAGAAGCUCCUCGAUUAGGAUUUUGUACUGUCUUGGGCCGACUGUGGAGCUCAGAUCUCAGGGAAUGCCAGCUUACAGUAAGAGGUCUCUAUCCUCCACCACAAGCAUUUCCUUCGUUCUAGGGAGGGGGGGUCAACACAAGGCGUUGACUGAUGGGUUCUCCUGGCACAUGCUGGGUGUUGGAGAAGGGAGGGGGCGGUUGCUGACUCUUUCUCAGGAAAAGUAAUCUAGGCACUUUCUCUUAUGCAAUUGAUUCUGUUAGGCGGAGAGACUGAAUUCUGGUCUCUGUCCAGAGAAUAAAACACCGUGUCUUCACACUGUGUUGACUGGAGCCCCAUGAGGUGACGGCUGUGGACCUGGCAGCCCGCUGUGCUCUCGGGCGCUGGCCUCUGCAGGUCUCCCCCCGGUGCUGUCGGUCUCCUCAGUGGCCAUCCCCCAGUCCCCACCUGCUGCUCGGGGGCUCAGCUGCAGGGAUGCUGCCUGUCCGGCCAGUACUUUGGGGCUCAGCUGUGUCACUUUGGAGUCUUUACAGGAAGUAGCAGAAUGAGGAAGACAAGGUUCCCAGUACAGCUUCACACGUCUGUUCUCAUUAACUUGGUAUUUUUCAAAACAAGCCCCACCUUUGGGAGGAGUGGUUGGGCAAUUCCAGAGAUUCUCUGGCUGAAGCUUUGCCACUCCACCUGCUUGUCUUUCGGGGGCUGCUCAUCCUUUUCCAGAGCGCUCUGGGGCAUGAAGACUCCAACCCCCCGCGCAGGGGCUGUGCACACCUUGGGGUGUGGCCUCUAAGGAGUCUGAAGAGCAGACGUGCCCGGGCUCAUUCCUGCCCUGACUUCCCUGCUGGGCAGCCUCAGGCGACAUUCCUGGACACCCCCCCCCCCACCUCUGUGUCUUUCUCUCCAGAUCUCUGUUUUGGAUCAUUUUACCCACUUCCCUGCCCUAAACAAAACAUGCGCUGAGCCUGGGGAUCCCACCCGUGUGUGUGGGCUGCUGACUGCUGCCCUCCCAGGGGCGUUUAGCGGAGCCAGAGUUGAGAGAAGCAGGAACUCUCAAAGCCAUGCAUUGGUUCCAUCUCUGGAUUUCUGGCCCGGGGCAGCCUCUCCUACCAGACACUGUCUCCUCUCAGAAAGGCCCAUGUUUCAGUCCAGGCCACUGACGCAGAAGGGGGUCCUGAGGUGGGUACUAGGCAAGUCGAGGCGAGCAGAAGCAGCCUGGAGAAGAAAGAACUAUUUAAAGUGUCGCCAGUUAUUCAGCCUCCACGCUGCUUUGCACCUCAAAAGGGAAAGCCUCAAGGACUCAGCAGCUGCUGAGAGGAAGGGGGAUUCCUGGUUCCACCCACUGCUGAGCCCUGGUUCUGCUGGAGCUUCCCAAUGAGAUCACACUGCCUGGGUGCUGGUGUCCCUCCCUCCAAGGCGCUGUCGGGUGUUCAUGCCAGCACUGCAGCCAGCUCUAGACACAGUCAUCAGUCGAGGGUGGCCCCUGCCCAAUUCCAGGCCCACUUAGAGCCACGGGUCUUGAGCUCCAUACUGACUUUUAAGGCAGGUUUCGACCCCUCAAAGGAUGCGAGUCCUCUGACCAAAUAAGCAAGACAGCUUUGAAGGCAGAGUAAGCUGCGUGAAAGCAGACCUGGGAGGCCGACAUCUGGGUCCAGGGCCGGCGCUCAUCCUCGUCAGCCUGUGACCUUGGGAAGGGCACCUCCCGUCUGUGAAGCGAGGCUGGACUGGACAAUCCUGAAGAUCCCAUCUAGAUGCAGAAUUCUAUGAUUGAUUUGUUCCCAGGAAGAUCAGAACAUUUCUUAAACUCAGAAUCUUUGCUGUUUCUAACUUCAGAUUUUCUUGUUUUCUCCUGGAUUCACUGUUUAACGUCAGCAUGUCACGGAUGAGUCUCAUCCUUGCUGGAAAGGGAAUUUCAUAUUGAGGGUAACUGAAUGGUGUUACAAGUGUCCUCUGUCCUGAUGGCUGGGGAAGAACAUUAAACCUGCAGAGGUGGAAACGGGAGCUCGCAGGCAGAUGGCUGGGAAGCAGCCUCUGGACAAACGGCUUAAUGGGAAACGGAGCUGCUGCUGCCUGGAUUCUCUCAGCUGCCUCUCCGCCGCCUCGGAUGUGGUCUCUGUGGCUCUCAGCACCCAGACGGCAGACCGACGGCACUGCUGUGUGGCUGCAGCGGGCUCCUGGUCUCAAACUCUGCCAGAGAGCAGCAAGAGGAUGGUCCUCCAUAAACUCCUCCACCUUAGUUCCACUGAGCUCCUGCCCGGGACUCGACUGGCAGAAGUGGGAGGUUCUGAUGCUGACCUUGAAGCGGGCCUGCAUGCAGUGAGUGUUUACACACCCCGAGUCCACACACCGUAUCUCGCAGAACAGCACUCAGCUCUCGCAGGACCAGGUGUGAAUGGAAGGAAAGCUCAGAGCCCUGAGGCGGAGGCGGCCUGCACGCUGUGGUGGGAGGAGGCAGAAGGCUGGGGCCCUGGACGUGGUGCGGGAUGGGCACUGCAGGCCCUGGGACGAGGGGGCUCAGGGCAAGGCAGAGCUGCACAAGGGCAGUGAGUGCUGUCUCCCGGCGCCCGCAGCCCACAGCCUCCGGCUGAGUGGAGAUGACGAUCAGCUUCCCUAAUGGGCAUUGACAGUGCUCGGAGCAGCAGGCCCUGUCGAGGACAGCUAUUGAUCGCCUGCGUUCUGAUGAGAUUGGAAAAUGGAUCAACUUCAUUGCAGCCCAGGAACUGUCAUUGUCACAGCUGCUAGAGAAUGAGGUGGUCUCUGGGGGCCGAGAAAAGCCAAAUAGGAAAUCUUGACCAGCCCGCCAGCAGCUGCGUGGUAAAAGCAGAGGCCCUCCCUUCUCAGAGUUGUGGUUGAGGGUCAGAAUCGAACCUGGGAGUGGCUUGUAACCCAGGGUCCAGCAGCCCCUCCUUGGGAAGAACUGUAGGGAAUAAGCGGUGUGUCUAAAGACAGAACCCCUUGCUGAAUGUUCUGAUGGCACCUUAAAAGGUCUCACGGUUUGGGGAUUACUCCUGCCUCUAGCCUGUGUGCAUACGCAUGCACAUGAGCUAGCACGGAGCUUUCAGCAUGAACUCUGGCGUAUGCCUGGUUAACCAGUUUUAUCCAAGUGGAUUAUCCUGUUAACUCAUAUCUUUUGCUUUUUGCCCUCCCUCCAGUCCCCUGAAAGACUCUGAGCCAUUCUCUAAUUCAUCUGCUUAUCAUUUUGGACUGUGAAUCUGCCAGAGUGAUGUUUUCCGUUAUUUCUCCAAAUUUUUCCCUAAUGCUUCCAGUAAACAUUUUCUUGGGUGGCCUUCAAGGUGAGUGAGUCAGGGUACUCUCAGUCCUUCCCCCCUCAUCUCCCUCCACAUUCUUCCUCUUCUCACUUGGAACUGACGGUGCUUGGGGAGGAGGCUCUCCAUGAACCAGCCGGAUUCCUGGAGGAGUUCCAGCCAGCACCACCACCCCCUCUUCCAGCUCCCGAGCUCCCUGGCUGUGCCGACUGCCUCGGGGAUGAGGAUGGGCUGCCCCGUGGGCUGGCCGGCCUGGGAGACCAUGGGCAGCCCUGUCUGGCUUGCUCAGUCUUGUCCUGAGAGGCUUGACUGUUAGCUGGAGACUGUCUCCUUGGACAGAAACCUGGACAGUGUGUGUGCACCUGGGGACAGCCGCUCGGCCCAUUGCUGCUUUGCAGGAGAGGAUGCAGGAAAGGCGCACAGACUGUGCAGAGGCUCUCAAAACCUCCACUGUCCCCACAAAACCAGAACUGGGGAUGAGCGCGGAUCCUGAACAAGGGGCAUACCAGGCCAGCACUUGCUGGACUCUGCCUGAGCAUCUCUGCCCUUGCCUUUUCUUCCCCACUCCCUGAACCGGGGGACAGAUCCCAGCUUGUCCUCUCGGGAGGAGAGGCCAGAUGGCGAGCAGUCAGAGGAAGGACACGAGGGGCUCAGGCACAGAACACUGGGAGGUCGGCUGCAGGGCUCAGAAUGGUUCUGGGAGCAGGCAGCAUCCACGAUCCCCUCUUGUGGCCAGCAUCCUGUGAGCCCUUGAAAGCCUGGGGCUACCACCUGCCAGCACCCCAAGUAGGGCCAUCAUCGCCCCAAAGAGGGAAGGCGAUGUUCACCUGGCCUUCCCGCCGGGGGGCAGGAGGUACAGCCCAUCCUCCCUGGCGGCUCAGACUCAGGCUGCAUGGUGUCCUCCUUUCUGUUCCCUCUGCCGUGACCUGGACCGUCAGGGGCAAAAAGAGCUCACGGAGCCAGCCAGGCCCCAGCGCUCCCGUUCCAGGGGUGGCAUUUGUGUCUUCUCCCGCCUCCACCCUUCACCCAGCCUUCCUUCCACAGUUAGAGCAGUGGAUGUAAGUGGUCUCAGCUGAGGUGUGUGGAGCGACUUGGUCCGAUGUAAAUACACCUGGGCGGGGUGAGGGCGUUCAGGGAGGGGGCCGGAUUCGCUUUGUGAACUGAAUGUAUUUUUAUGCAAUUUUCAGUGGCCUUUCAACCCUGACAUGAAUGAUUUUGUUUUACUGGUUGUUAUUAUAUAGUAUUAAGUAUUCUGUGUUUGAAAGUUUGGGAAUAAUAAUAUUCACAUCUAUACGAUGCCUGUAAACACAACAGUAUUUAUAAAUGAGUAAAUAAAACGGUGUUUUAACUUUG